ACACACACAUUUUAUAUUUCACACUCAAACUGGACAUAUAAAAUUUGAGUUAUUACAAAAUUUUAAUACGUGUAAUAUGGAACUUUCUGCCGAGGAAAUAGAGGAAUUUAGGCGCGGUUUUAAAUUAUUAAACAGUGAACAGGCUGCCUGCUUAACCAUAAAGGACUUGGAGUUUUUUUCGACGUCACUUGGGAGGCACCCGACAGAACACGAUCUGCAGGCGAUGAUCAACGAGGUUGACGUUGACGGUAAUGGGGUCGUUGAUUUUGACGAGUUUGUGCAUUCGAUGACUCUGCGAAUGAGCUCUCCGGAUGACGAUGAUUUUCGCGAAGCAUUUCGCGUUUUCGACAGGGAAAACACCGGCUAUAUAGGAGUCAAUGAGUUGCGUCUCGUUAUGAUGGAUCUCCGUGUGCAAUUGGCCGAAGACGAGGCUGAGGAAAUGAUACAUAGCUACGACACCGAUGGCGACGGUAAGCUGAGCUACGAAGAGUUCAUCGCGAUGAUGACCACCAAAUAGACUCGUAAUCUUCACUGACAACAUUUGCGCACAUCCCAUUCGGUAUUUAAACAAAAAGACAGUACAUAUAAGGAAUAUGAUACUAUUUUAAAAAUCUUCUGUUUCACAUAAACUUUGCUUUUACUUUCCAUUCGAA